AUGACAAAUCUAUCACCGCACUCCUCAUCACCGGGUGCCCCGCAGCCAAAUCACCGCUACCCCACUCCCACACAGUCGAGAUCGACGAGGCCACUUCUAUGGAGGUUAUACCUCUCCCAUACCCUCUCAACAUGGAACGCACGAACCUUUGAAUUUGGCGCCGUUAUCUUCUUAGCCACUAUUUUCCCAGGAACACUCUUCUUCGCUUCAUGCUACGCUUUGUUUCGCUCCGCAGCCGCAGCCGUUCUCGGGUCAUGGAUAGGCGACCAGGUAGAUCGAAAUGACCGCCUUGUUGUUGUGAGGCAGUCUAUCGUGUGGCAACGACUAAGUGUCGCUGGAUCUUGCGUCAUCCUCAUUCGCAUGCUGAACGCCAACAUGGAGGAGAAAUCCUUGAUGUACACCCUCUUUGCGGCAAGCGUGGUCCUGGCAUGCGUCGAAAAACUCGGCUCUGUCGCCAACACCGUGUCUAUAGAACGAGACUGGAUUAUCGUAGUAUCUGACAGCUUGCACUUGGACCGCCAAGAGCUGAACAGUACUAUGAGGCGGAUCGAUCUGGUGUGCAAGCUCAUCGCUCCGGUAGGCAUAGGUCUACUUGAUGGGUAUUCGACAAGAGUUGCGAUUUGGGUCGUGUUUGGGCAGAAAGCCAUGAGCGUUUUAAUUGAGUACUUUGCCAUCGUACAGGUGUACAAAGCGGUACUAAAUCUCGCACACAAAAGAGAGCAAAGUCCCGAGGUGCAGGAAGAACAGCGGGGACUAGACUCUUCCACGCCACGACCCAUUACAACCAUCAUCACCAACACUCUCCGACCGUACAAAGAGUACAUCCAGAACCCGGCAUUUCUCGCAUCCUUCUCGCUCUCCCUCCUUUACCUCACAGUUCUCAGCUUCGCCUCGCAAAUGACAACCUACCUCCUCACACUCGGCUUUACCAGCACAGAUGUAUCCAUCAUGCGCCUUGUAUCUGUCGCUCUGGAGCUAUCAGCUACCUGCGUCGCCCCAUGGCUCAUGCACAGAAUCGGCGCCGUUCGCUCGGGUCUUUGGUUCGUCAAUGAGCAGUUGAUCUCUAUUGCUUUGGCGGUCGGCCUGUUCUCUUUAGCCAACGUCAAAUCCAAGUUAGCGGGCGGCGCUCUCGUUCUGGGCGUCUGUCUCAGCCGUCUCGGACUAUGGGGAUUUGACCUCUCAGUACAAUACCUGGUCCAAGAAGACGCGCCUUCAGCUACACGCGGCUCCUUUUCUGCCAUCGAAAUGUCGAUUCAGAAUCUUUUCGAGCUCCUUUCUUUUGCGACGACGAUGAUUUUCUACCGACCCGAAGACUUCAGGAUACCUAUAUAUAUUAGUGCGGGCGCGGUCGCUACAAGUGCGGCAUGUUUUGCGGGCUUUAUGUCGUCCAUGCGAAAUGCCGUUCAGCGGCGCAACCACAAAGAGCGUGCUCAGCCCGUCGAACGCCAAAAAUGGGGUCUUCUUGAGAAGGCCAAGGACUACAAGCUGCGGGCCGCCGACCACCGCGGGAAGAAAGCAAAGCUGAAGAUUCUCUCCCAAAAGGCCCGCGAUCGCAAUCCUGAUGAGUUCAGCUUCAAGAUGAUGAGCUCGAAGGUGGAUAAGCAGGGCAGAAAGGUGGCAGACCGGGGGGACAAGGUGUUGAGUUUAGAGGUAGUCAAGCUAUUGAAGACACAGGAUGCGGGGUAUAUCAGGACAAUGUUGCAGAUGGCCCGCAAAGAGAGAGAGGAGUUGGAGGAGCGAUUGAUUCUGGAGGAACAGGGCGAGGUACGGGCGCUAAGAGACGGGGACAAGGCAAAAAAAGGCAAGCAUAGGGUAUUCGUGGAGAAUGAAGAGGAGCAGGAGGAGUUUGACCCUGAGGCCUGGUUUGGGCGAGGUCAAGAUUUACCGGGCAGAGAAGAUCCAAGUCACGCCGAGGACCUCGACGCAGAUUUAUCAGACGAUGAUGACAAGAACGACGCGCCCCAAACGAAAACGAUGUCGAAGAAGAAGCUUGAAGCCCAGGAGCUGGCUAAGAAGGAGGCCAGAAAAUUCAGAAAGGACAGAGAGCGGGCACAAUCAAGAACAGCCAUCAAACUGGCAUCAAUAAAGAAGCGUGAGAAAGAGCUUGCAGCUGCGGAAGAGGAACUGGAUGCUCAAAGGGCAAGGAUGAACAACACGGUGGGAGGAGUCAAUAAGCAUGGCGUCAAGUUCAAGAUUCGAGAGCGCAAACGCUGA